GCCCGAGUACCAUGGACGGUCUUCGUUGUCGUCCUCGUCGUCGUCCUCGCACGGUGUUUUCGUUUCGGAUGUCGUCCCCGGCGUUCCGUCGCUUCGCCGUCGUCGUGCUAUUUUUGUGUUGCUGCACGCCGUCCUCGGGCGCCUCGAACCGCUCGUCGCGGUGUCCGGAAGGCGCUUGUUCCUCUGUCCGGUGUCCGCCGCGGGACCGGCACGCCUGUCCGCUGGGCCUGGUGCCGGACGGGUGCGCGUGUUGCCCGUACGGUGUGUGCGGCAAUGGCGAAGGGCUGGAAUGCGACGUGACCCACAGGCCUUGCGCCGAAGGCUUGGAGUGCGUCGCGCAGCAAACGGUAAUAUGCGCGAACGUGUCCCUAUGUACUUUAACGGGCUGGGAGUUUGAAGCUAAAUAAAUAAAAAUAAAAGAUAAAGAUUAAAGAUAAAAAUCCGUCGUACAGAUUGCAAUAGAUUGAGAGGUUAGGAGGUUGGAUCACGUUUGCAAACGGGGCCCGAAAAUUACUAUACGUAAUUGCGUAUAGUACGUGUUAGGGUGGUUCUUAAAUGGGCGAUGGCGGAAUUCUUGUUUUGACGCCCCCUAUAUUUAUUCUAAAAUAAAUAUCAUAAAUAUUGAACUCUAUUUUAGGUUCCUGGGACAGUUAUCAAGUCUUCUUAUAACAGGAUAAAGUUUCCUAUUUAAAAUACGUGUGUUUUUUCGUUUAUUCCGAGUUUUAUUUCUAUAAGUCAUAUGUGAAAUGAUUGAUGUUAAUAUACGCUCUAAGUGAGGGAAAAAAUAAUUAAUUUUUUUGAUAAAUGCAAAUUUACUCGAGACUUUCGUACAGAUUCAACUGCUACGCGAUAAAAACAUAAAUACCCUGUAUUAUUAAUUUAAUAUUAAAUAUUAUAUCGGUGCCAUGUGCCUCGUACAGAUAAAUUUCGGAGACUCGCUUAAAAAUGUAAAUUUUUUUUUAUCAGGAUUUCCGGUUCGGCGCUUCGUAUUGAUACUACUGAACCGAUCGCGCGUGUGCGUGCCACUACGAGCUAUUUAAUUUGUAUUAUUAGUAUUAUUUUUGUAUUUUUUUUCCAAUCGAUAUUACAGAUCAUUGUCCUCGAAGUCGAGUGCCAACGUAUAAUAGGUAUUAAACAGUAGGUAAUAGCUGUAUAGGUACGUAUAGACGGUGAGCACGAAGGCUGUAAAGUUUCGCGUGAAUAUACUAUUUUUUCCUUAUCCGUAUUUUCGUUACGUUAUCAUAAAAAAACAAAAAAAAAACCCCCGAAAGUAUUGUGCCUUCGUCACGCGUGUAUAGACACGUGUAACUAAACCUCCGUGUGGACUACGACAGCGGAGCGACAGAAAUAGACGCUGGUAAAAAUAAAACAUAUAAUAUUAUAUUGCGUUCCUGCCACUUGUCAUUUCGUUUCGGUCUCCUUAAUAUAGUACAAUACAAUUUUUGGUUACACGCGUGUGAUUCUGAUCUAAAAUAUUUGUACAGCCCGAGAUAAUAAUAUAUUCACAAAUAGCGUGACCCUAUAGAUAAAGAAAAUGUUCCCGAAAGAGUAUGCCGUAUGGAGUGUGGCUGAGAAACUUGGACAAUUAUCGGUACGAAAGAUAAAGAAAAUUUUAGGCUUCUAAAACGUUGUGCUGUCAUAAAACGAUUGAGAUUCAAUGGUUAAAACAAAGAAUAACAGCCCAAAAAGUAGGUACUGUAGGUAUUGGUGAUGUUAUUUUAAAAUCCGUUGUGAUAAUAUGAAAAUACGGGCGAGAUUUUUAUUAUUUCACCGUUGCAGGAAAGACCACGCGCUAAUAAAAUAGUAGCAUCCUCUCCAGUAUGCUACCUAUAAGUAUACUUUUCGAUGGUUUUUUUUUUCUUUUUUAUAUGUUAUACCUUAACGGCAAACGUACCAUCGUUUAAGAGGGUUUAAUACGAGUUAAAGUCUGUUAUGAGACGCUCGAGAUUUUAGUGAGUUCGAGAUUCUCCUUAAUGAGCGUACAACAAGUAAACGAGUGGGAUAAAAAAAAAAAAACAUAAAACAUGAAUACCUUGUACUUGUAUACAAAUUAAAAACAUUAUUUUUCGAUGAGAUAUAUUUAUACAUACAUACGAAUAUUGUAUUCAUAAAUUAUAGAAGCGGUCAAUUUUUUUUUUCAUCUUUAUAAUUCAGCUGUACAUCUAUUUUAAAACUUCAGCAAGUUAACCAAUUUUCUUAAUACUGUUUACGUUAAGUGCAAACAAAAAAAAUAAAGCUAAGUUAAUGUUAACUUUAUUCUAUAAAUUAAUUUGGGUAAGUUAACUUAAUUGACUUUGUUAGGUUACAAGUUUUCAGAGAAAUGGUAUCUUAAUUCAAAUUAUGAAAUUCAUUAUACUCGUAUACUAGUAGAAUAUUCGUUAUUUUUAUUUAAAUGUAAGUUGUUUUGGGAUCAAAUAUGUAUGCAACCAUUUAAUAAUUUAUGUGCAUAUCAGUAAGCCGAUAAUUAUGCGUAAUGCAAACUAAGUAGUUACGUGAUAAUAAACUUUUACACUUCUAAGUCUAAGUUUAAAAUUUUAAAACAAUUUAUUAAAAAUAUUAAUUAAAAGUUAUUACCCCUUCUCAUGGGCUAUUUGACUAAUAUUUACAAUGUUUUCAAUAUUCUACCCUUGUUCUGUAAACCGAAAACAUAUAGUAUCAACUUUUGAUAUUAAUAUACAACCCCACCACUUCACUCUUUUUUAACACACAGUCGAAAAGAGAAUACUUUAUCUAAAUCAUAAAUGAUAUAUUCUAUAGUAAAUUUAAAAAGGAGAAUAUUCUCGACUUAUAUAUUUCACCUGAAAAAAAACCGUAUCAUACAAAAAGUUAACGGCUAUUUGAAAACAAACUUAAGUUUGUCAGGUGGCUGUAACUUUUUUGUGUGACAAAUUGAACAAUUUCAACCUAAACACCACACUUUUAGGUAUAUAUUAUACUAAUAUUGUAGCUAAUUUUGUUAAUUAUCGCCCGUUAGUUGGGAUGAAACAGUAAAUAUAAGGGUUAUUAUGGGUAUCACGUCCUCUCAAACUGAGUUAUUAUAUAAUGACUGAAAAAAAAAAUGAUUCGAAAUCAGUUUUACUCGAAAUCUCUUUUUAUAUAGAUAAUAUUAUAAUCGCUGAUCGAGAUAAAAAAAAAAAAAUCACCCUGUAUAGAAUGUAAACAACGGUAGCAAUGGGAAACGACUCGCCGACGUCGAUAUAACAAUAUAUAGUGUCUAUAAUAUUCGACAGUCCUAUCGCAAUAAAACCCUUACCCUUUAGCACUUACUUAAGUGCGAGGAUAUUAUUUUCGUCUCUGUUUUUCAACCUUUAAGCGUGUUUUAAAUAUUGUAAUGCACAACUCGUGAGGGGAAGGGACUUGUGUACUCGGAAUAUAAUACAUAAGAUAAUCGCGUAAUCGCACCUUGUAUACCUCGGUUUCACGUGAGUGUUUCUACUGCAAUAUAUGCGAGAGACAAAGUUCGCGUUAUUUUCGCUUCCGAGUUUUUUUUUUAUAUAUAUAUUUAUCGUUAGAUUAUAUUACUGUAGAUUACUGUAGUAUGUAUGGGAGGUAGAGGUUAGGGACAAUACUCCUUCAGCCAUUGGUUUAAAAAAUACAACCACUUUACACAGCGUGUAUUUAUACUAUUAUAUUUAGUCAUUUUAUUUCGAAAUUAUUUAUAUUCAAACCAAAUUACGGAGAAGAAAAAGCUUAAUUUGUCGAAUAAAAAUUGACUUUUUUUCGAUCCGGCUUUUAUGAACGCUCGUUGUCGCGUUAGGCAGGUACAGUGGCGGAUUUAGGAGAAGACAAUCAACCCUCCCCCCCUCAAAAAAAAAAAAAUAUAGUACGACGUUUUUUUUUUUACAUUGUGUUAAAAUAUAUGUACUAAAUUCUAUUGUUGUACAAAAGAGUUUUGCUCCCUUCAGUAUUCGGAUCUGCCAUUGCAGUGAGGGACAAACAGCGAAGGAGAUCCCACGAUUUAAUAAUAAAUCGUGAUUAUUAUUUACUACGUCUACAUCCUUCAGCGAUUCCUGGGCACGCCACGCCACUGUUUAUUUUUCCGGCGGUUUAUUCGUACGCGCGUAUCUUGUAAUCACUAUCGAUUUUUCUCCCAAGACACUUUUUCGGUUAGUAAAAAUAUUUACAUUGUAUCUUAAAGGUUAGAUUAAGGUUAUAAUUUACCCGGUGGUAAAUUUAUAUGUAUAUUCAAAAAAAAAUGUUUAGGGUAAAAAAUUUACAAUAUUUUUUAAAAUAAAUGACAACAAGUUACGACAAAGUACGUAGGCUUCACUAUGUCAAUUUCUUGAUGGCUUUCGAUAUAUUUUAAACUAAAUCAUCUUGUAGUCUGUAUAGCCUGUAUACCUUUCAAACAUUCUACUCUCAAACUACAACUUACCCGGGGUUCGAAGCGUGUCCAGUUUUUUUAAAAUUAAUUCGCUUGAACUAAAAAUUCUUUAAAAGUAUAUAAAAUAUAUAUUAUAUUUACAAUGUUAAAAAAACUUAUCAUCUAUUUAACAAUUUAUAAAAAAAAAAGUAUAACGCACAUAAUAUGAUUGAUGGUCUGGAUUUGAAUUAAUAAAUAAUCAUUUCGAUUUUUCGGAUAAUCCGGAUUUAUUUCAAAUCGGUAUAAUAUAGGUAUAGGAUCUCGGGGACGUUGGGAGGUUAAAAUUAAGGGGGCGUUUUAGCGGCCGCGUGCCCCCUUAAACUCCGCCACUGCAGAACUCAUAGAUCGCGUGAGCGUAUUAUUAUACCAGGCGUACCAUAUACAUAGAACAUAUACAUAUACAUAUGUAUGUACAUAUUAUUAUCCCGUUUGUGGUUUAUCGCGCAUAUACGUACAUAAUAAUAAUACGCACUCGUAUGCGCAUAAACCGUCAUGUAUAAGACGGUUCAUUUUGUUUUUAUACAUACUUCCGGAGGCUUAUUUUUAAGUGGGCAACGGUGCAGCUAUCGCGGGCUCCGGGCUAUAAAUUUACAGGACGCUGAUUGUUUUUUAUUCGGCAAUAAAAACCGAUGCUCCGGGGCGCCGAAAAUGUAAAUACGACGACGUCUUCGUUCGUCGGCCGUCUCUCUGUAUACAUGUAUGUAAUACACACACACACACACAUAUAUAUAUAUACAUAAUAUAUACACACUGUGUAUGGCUGAUCUCCAUCACGCCUAUUCCGAGUCUAAAUUUUAAACGGUUACUGCGGUAGUAAAGUAUUUACUCGAUAUCACGUACCGCGUUAUAAUAUAAACAUAUACGCAAUAAUAUUAUGUACUCGUAUUUAUAUUAUAUAUAAUACGGUUCUCGGGGAUCCUUAUAAUAUAUUUAGGUCCGCCGUUUGAAAAUCGAAACGUAUUCCGAGUUUGUUUUUAUUUUCCGGCGUGUAGCGACGAUCAAAAAAUCCACACACACACAGACAUACGCAUACACCGCAUGUACGACGAUAGUUCUAAAAUCGUCGCUUUCCGUACAUUCUCUUGUUGUUUUUUUCCCCUCUCUCAUCUUUUCGAAAUUUCCAAAAUAUAUUACAUCUGUUCGGUCGGACGAAAACCGUAGAUGCGAUAAAUAAAUUACAGUCGACGAAUAAUCGAACGAACGUCGGUAAUAAAUUCGCCCGCCAUCGGCCGCAAUGUAUACGGUCAUGGGCCAUGGGCGGUCUCACGGGGGAGGAUUUGGGGAAUAGAUACCCCUUCGUGAUCUUUUUUUUUUUUAGGUAAUAUGAAGUUUCCCGUUUAACUGAAAUUUAAUGAUAUUAUAAUCAAAUAAAUAAAUAUAUAAUCAAUAAACAUUAUUUUGGCUCGUUAUCAUUUUCCACGAUAUUCGUAUUACAGAUUACAGACCGUGUUUGUAUUUUAUAUAUCUGCGGUUACAGAUUAAUAUUUUUAUCGCAGUUAUGGUUUUAUAAUCAGCUGGGUUCAUAAUAUUUAAUUGAUAAUAUAAACAAUAUAUUAAUCUCAUUAUACUACCACCGAACAAGGAUGAAAGUGUUUAUAUAUUUUCCCGGGUUUUUGUUGUUGUUAUCAAUCGUUGUUUGUGAAUAAUUUAGUAAGUGAUUACUGUUAAUGAGUUACUCUGACAUUUUGCGAUAUUAUGUAACUAUAGUAUAUUGACGACGCAUAUUAGAUCAAAAUAAUUCAACUAAUUCAAAUAUAUUACAUUUAUAUUUAUAAUAAAAUAAUAAAGUAAAAACAAAAUUAUUAAAUGGUUAAUACACGUAAAUAAAUACAUAAAUACAUAAUUUAUAUAUAUAUAUAUGUUUAUUAAAUUUGUUAGUAGGAGUAGGGCAAGUGGGGCUUACAUACAGGGUCCACGCUUUCAGAGGUCUUGUGUUUGUGGACCUAUAAAAAAGGGUAGCAUAAUUAUAAUAGGCAUACAAUUGGAUUUACUAUCAAUACUAUCGUCACAAUUCCAAGGACGCCCGCAGAAAUAUUAACUGUGGGGGGGGGUAGGUUAAAAUUCAAAAGUAUAAGACUUUUUUUUACAAGUCAUCAUGACUUAAAUAUUUAAGCCAUGCAAUAAUAAAACAAUUAAUAUUUAAUGUUGACUAAAUUAGCGGGGAGGUCCAUAGCCCCCACUGGCACACCCUGGGAGCGCUCUUGCACAAUUCAUAAUACUUGCUUACGUUUGUAGAUAUACUUUUGUUAAAAUAUCUACAGGCUAAUACAACGAGAAUCGUAUUGAUCGGUAUUGUUUUAUUAAGUGUAGGUAUUAGCUGGUGUUAGUGGCAAAGAUUCCGGAAAGAGAGAGAGAAAGAGAGAGUUUAAUAUUUAUCAAGACGUAUUAGUUUUCGAUUUGUUUGACUAUGCCGCGGGCUAGAGCAAGACGGCUGAAAAGCUUCAAAUGCUCAUACCCUGUAAAGUUUUGAAUUUUACACGAAGAGCAUAUACUAGCAUUGUGCUCGAGUCAUCAUGCCAUGUUUUAGAACAUUGAGUUUCAAGUUUGUUAGAACACACCGAAUUUGAGCAAAAUCAUCGUUUAGGAAUUUAAUAUAAUAUUACUAUCUUAAACAAAUGAUUUUUCGCCAUUUAAAAUAGAGAGAAAACUAUAAAUAUGAAUUCUGUUUGAAAUUAAAAUAUCGGCGUUCAUAAUAUUCAGUUAAAUAAUAAUUAAUAACUCAUGUUUCCGAUGUUGUUGAAUAUUAUUUUUGAUAUGUAUAUUAUACUGGCAAACUAACAAAAUUAUUGUUGAUUUACUAUAAACGUCAUACCUAAUGAAAUUAUAGGUGUUCUCUGAAAAUGAUGAUUUUAUUCCUAAACGAAUAUCGUAUACGUAUUUUCCUCUCUAAAAUAUGAUUUUUCCGAAACUUUUUGUUCGAAAACUUUACCUAUAUUCCGACGCACUAUAAUGUAGACAAUAUAAUGACUACCUAUUUAUAUAUUCAGUGAUGUUCCCAUAGGAUAUUUUACAUAAUAUACGCUAUACACUAUUAACAUUUUGCUGAAAAAUCGCGGGUAUAGUACUCCGUGUACUUUCAAAUAUUUUAGAUAGUCAAAUAAUAAUAAUAAUAAUAAUAAUAAUAAUAAAAAAAAAAAAACAAAACCAAUUUGUCAUGAUGCAUAAUAUAUUUAUCAUUGCCCGUUCAUACCAUAUUAUGUUGCCAUUAUGUAAAACCAUAAUAUAGUAUUACGUAUUUUAUUUAUUUAAAUAAUUUUAUUAGAACUAAAAAUUCACAAUAUUUUUUUUUUUAACUUUGAGUGUUAUUUUGGAAUCACGUGGAAUGUUAUAGUAUACUUCCUCUCGAAAAAAUGUAUGUCUAUAUUAUGAUUAAAACUAAAUAACUGUGAGACAUACUAAUUUGAAAUCAAUAGGCACAUGAAUAUCACACCUCUGAAAAAAUAAUGACACAAAUCAACAUAUAAAAAUUCCGACGAAUCGAUUUUUAAUGUUUCAUAAUGUUCUAAAAUUUUUCCCGCGUGAAAUUGUUAAUUUUGAGUUACGGCUGUAUUUUAGCUAGAAAAAAAAUGUGUAUAACAACAUAAGUCAGGUCAGAAUAAAGUCACAUCUCAUAAGUGUCAAUAUUCACGCUGGAAACUAUAUUUUAUUUUAAUCAGAAAUAAAGACAUCCGAGCCCAUAAUGUCUUUAAUAUUGAAUAGAUUAAUAAAUUCCGACAUAUUAAAUGCUAUAAACGAUGAUAUUCUGCAUGUGUUGUUAGUGAUAACUCGAAAGUCGUAAUUUUUCAAUUGUAUCGCUAUUCUUUCAGAGUUAUAGAUGCGAAAUGUGCGUAUAAGGCCCUAUGACGUAGGCCUGCAUUUAAACGAAUAGUAACGACAUAGAAAUUGCCGUCUGACGAAGUCAUAAAAUAGGAAAUCGCGUUAAGAAAAAAAAAAAACUGCAUUCCCCGUUUUAAUUAUACAGGUACAAUAAUUAAAUAAUAACUAUAUGAUGUCAAUAUACAUAGUUUUUUCACCUUUAAAAGCCAUUAGGGCCCGUGCAGCCUUCUCCGUUCCACGCGUUCAAGUAGUAACUCAUUAAUUAAAAUGCCAUAAAUAGGCGCUUUUUUUUUCUCUAAGAAAAGGCUUCUUCACUUACCCGGCGCAUAAAAAUGUGUAAUAAAAAACAAUCUCCGGUGGACAUCGUGUGGUGUGUAACCUGCUGUAUAGUGUAGAGUAGUCAGUUUUUUUUUUCAUAUUUUUUUUUUAGCACUUUUAAAUUUUAAUAAAAUAUAUCAUUUGCCGUAUGUUAUACUUCUAAAAGUAUAUGACGUCUACGUGUUUUCCUGCUCAAUUUUACCCGAUAACGCAAUACAAUAGAAACAAACAUGGAUAAAUAUUGAUUUCGAAAAACUGUUUUCAUAUAUUUUUUUGUUUCUUAACUUUGUAAUUUUACGGCGUCGGUAUUAUGUUUAUUCAGCGACCACCGGUGAAUUGUUGACCAUUUAUUAAACGUACGACUCACAAUUGAUUAAAUAUCGCUAUAAAUAGUAUUUCCAUCGGACAAUAUUUCAUUGAUUUAAACAUUUUAUUUUUUUUCUAUCUAUUUGUGCGCUUUUUUUUACUAGUGAGAGGGGGGCGGUAAACUUUCGCGUACUUAUGCGUCUAUAGUGUACUGUUAAUAAAUGCGCCUCAUUGUAUUGUAUUAUAUUAUAGCAAUGAUAUCACGAAGAUACCGCAAAAAUAUUCAAACUCAACAUUUCAGUAAAGAUAUUCCAUAUCGAAACAACCGUUAUUUUGUACCGCGUUUUGAGAGAUAUAUUUCGCGUAAAACCGAUUGUGUAGAUUAUUGAUAAGACUUAUAAAGUAUAUUCGCAUUGCAAUGUUUCGAAUGAGUGUAUCGUGUGUAGAGAUGUGGAUUUUACCGGUAAAACAUUUUUCGGCAGAUUGGUAAAUUCCUUAUGUCUCGACUCCUGAGCAUAUUGUUCAUAGGAAAAAUCAUAAUUGUAUUAAAUAAGAUAAUAAUUAAAAACUAAUUGAUGUUCUAACUACUUAUUUUAUUCAAAACAGAAAAUAUUUUAUAACACAAACUGUAACUUUAAAACCAACAAAUUUUUCAUUAACAUGUGUUUCUGUGUACACCAAUUACACAGUACACUGCAUGUGUAUUCAUUUAUGUCCUUAGAUAGUAAUAUUAUUCAAUAAUUUUAUUGUAAACAAGUUAUAAGACUAGUAAAAACGGAGUUAUUCGAUUUUAUAAACGGUAAAAAAAAAACAUCUCGGUAAAAUGUACGUAAAUUGUCUGGUAAAUUAACCGAGCUCACGUAGAGACGAUUAGAGAAUCGUGUGUAUAUCCAGUGGCGCUGAACCAUGUUUUAAGAAUAAGGUGGGUAGAUCACCACCUUUGUUUACAAAACAAACUCCCAUACAACACUCUGAAUUAAUAUUCCCUACGUACCAAUUCGAUAAAAAAAUAUGGCUCAGGUACUAACCAGGGAUCCACCACCACCCACCUAUCAAAAGAAGGGAGGCAAUCGCCGACCUUGACUGAUGGUUUCGGCUCAACUAUGUGCAUCGUUGUUGGGAUUUUUAGAAACCCUUUAGGUAUAUUGCCGUGACGACGCGUUUACCUCCCAUGGUAAAUAAUACACACACUGAACAGACGAGUGUAACGCAACUGUAUGCGUUUUCGAGGGUGAUUUGAUGUGUAGAUUACCGGUGUAGUGGUAUCACAGGGAAGCUUAAAAAAUCUUUUAAAAUCCUCGGAAAGAAAAAAAGGUGGGUGAUUGCUACUCCACGUGCUCUAAAAAUUUCUUUAUGCUACCUGUCGACAGUACGUUCAUCUCCUUCUAACUACAUCUGACCACCAUGUCUAGCAAUCUUAAAUUUAUUCACUUACUCUGUCCAAAUACCUUUCUAUUCUUGACCUUUUAGUAUCUCAUAUCUGAUCUCCAUUUCGUUAUUUUUUCGAGUGAUCCUUCAGAUGUCGAUAUACUUAUAUCCGUUGCAUGGCCCACCCCAGUCUUGACCGCUUUUGAGGACUCCUAUUAUUCCUGCUCCCUCAUUUGUGCUCGUCACUUCCCAAAACCCAUUGCAGUUUUUCUUCAGUCUAAAGAUUAUUCUUAAUAUUUUUAUUUUCAAAACGCUUAAACUUUUUUCAUCAGUCUUCAUCGUUGUUCGUAUGAUCUACGAGCGUAUUAAGUCACGUCACUGACCUAACCUUUACUAAUACAUUAUAAAUGUCAUUUUAGAUUCUGAGCAAAAUGAAGAAUGUGUUGGUUUUGCAAUGAUGUUUUUUUUUUAUUGGUGAACAACUUUUCUCCUAGAAAUUUGUUCGAAUUUUCAAGUGUAGCACUUUUUCUAAAAGAAAAUCUAACUAGGAUGGUAAAGGUCAUUUUUUGAUUUUCUCAAAAGUUUUCAUAAUAAAUGGGAAAAUCCAGUAAAAAACGUAGGAACAACGAGAAAAUGUACAAAAUAUAUUAUUUUCAAAUCGUAAAUUAUAUUACGUCUUUUCAAAACAUGUGUAACCAAACUUCACUUUGAAUCGUUAGCAAUCGGUUAAUCGUUACUUACAGAUAUACAUUAAAUUUCCCCUCUACCUUCACAACUUCUAACCUAAAACCCACCCAUCGUGCGAAGUAUGUCCCUUUGUUUUUUUUUUUUUUAUUAACGUUUAGAUAAAAAGUGGUGUCAACUUAAAGUAGCAUCGAUUUACGGUAGCUAUUCUUCAUCCUAUUCCUAUGUAACUUUUAGAUUGUGGCCGCUCUUUCGAACAGAAAAUUAUCAAUUUCUAAACUAAGGUGUUCCGCAAUGUUACCAGGAAUGUCUUGGGUGUUAUUGUAUACUUUGCCUUUUAUUAAUAAGAUUUUCUGUACCUGACAAAAAUACGUCCUAUAUUUUUUUCUUACGUGCGAAUCGAAUGCUAUAUGACAUAAGCGCCAAACGUAGACAAAUGAUAUACCAUUUGCGCCAAAAUUUAAGGCACAUAAGCGCCAAUUCGGCUGCAUUUGUUGUCCGUAUUACCUCAUAAUCCAGAAUUUUAGCCCAAAGGCACACAGUUACCUAUGAUUUUAGCGUUUUCGUCCAAUAUGACUUUUUUUUUCUUAUCUCAUUUUGGCGCUUAUGCCUUCCACCGGAAUCAAAGUGGAUAGACAAAUUAACGUGUACAAACUUGUACAAAGUUAGGUUUAAGUUUCCAAUUAAAACCUAACGUUUCGCCACUAUAACAUUUUUAUCUGAAUCAACCUGAAACAUACAUUGUGACGACUUUAGUUUAUUUUCUCAUCCGCGUUUUUAUUCGUACGUAUAUUAUCUAGACGUAUGUACACACAUAGGUAUGUUAUUUCUCUUUGAUGUUUAAAAAUAUUUAUAUUCUAUGCUGUUUACGUCUCGUCGACUAUAUUUUCUCUCGAAAACAUGGUGGAUUUUUAAAACUUGAUGGUGUGUUUCCGCUGUCAAUAUAAUAUAAUGUUAUAAAAAUCGAUCGACUCGACGAGUGCAGCGGUAAUAACAAAAUAAUGUAUUCAGGUAUCCGAGAAGCAAGUCCGGAAAUAAAAACGCAUUUCAACGACGGCGAUGGCUGACGUAAUCGUAAUAAAGAUUUUAAUAUUUUUUUCGGUCACCGGAUUCUUGUCAUUAAAUAUUUAUUUUACAAGGUACAUUCGUGGUUAAUAUUUGUAAUACUCGUAAGUAUUUGGUACCCCGUACGUUCACCGUGAUAUUUUUUUUAAAUAGUUAGUAGCUGUUAAAAGUAUUAAUAUUGAUAGUUUUUAGAGUCUGAGCGGAGCGUGGAAUGUAUCUUUACGUUCCUCGUUUACUACGCCGUGUGCUAAGUUUUAUUUUAUUUUUUUUUUUUCGUAUCUGUGUACAAUUUGCUUUAAUCAACAAAUAACAAGCGACCAAUUUUGUGAAAUUUAGGAUCUAAUUGGUGCAUUGAGGUCAGCAUUUUUGAAUUUUCGAGCAGUUUUAUUAAUAAUUAAAAAAAAAACGUUGGAAAAUCUGGAAUAUGUACGGCAUUAUAAUUUUCUAUAUUACCUUUUGUUUUUCUUUUCAUUAAAAACACUUUUUAUGAUUAUUAAUAAUGUUUCGAAUUAUAUUCACAUCACACCUUAGAUUUUUUACCCAGUGAACUUUCAUUUGAAAUAACCAACAGUUUUUCCAAAAAAAAAAAUGUUUAAAAAAUACCAAUAAUCUGUUGUAGGUUAGAAGUUGGGAAGAUAGGAUACAUAAGGUUAUUUCAUUUAUAUGUAUAAGCAACGAUAAACCUUUGCUGGACGAAAGACGAUUUCGAGCGCAGUUUGGUAUUGCAUUAUUUAAAGUGCUGUAUUUUUUUUUUUUUGCGAUUUUCUCUCAAAUUUGAUUUCCAACGCGUUUAUUAAAAAAAAAAAAAAGUCGUCCGAUGAUUUUAAAAAUUUUUACCACGUCUAGGUUAUUCCAAUAUAAGUAGUAUUACCAAGUUUCAAGUCUCUACAUGUGUAACAUGUAAGAAAAUAAAUCAAAAAGGUGUCUCGUGAUUUUUCAAUUCAAUUAUUUCUUCUGGUAGAAAACGUCGUCCGUGUUUUUAUAAAAUGAUUAAAUCGUGGAAUUGUACGUUUACGCACGACUAUUUCCACUUAAGUGCUUUUAUUUACAAUGUGACGUUUUCAGAGUAUCAUCUGGACAACUUGCGCUUUCAGAAAAGUUACUACACGUAAAAAUCUGAGCAAGUUUACUAGGAAAAAACGUGUCCACAGACUAGACAAAAAAAAAACAUCUAAGUAUCCUGUAUAAUAGAUCCCUGGCUACACUCGGAAUCUAACAAAUUACGUUUAUAUUUCUUAAAAAUAUAAAACAAAACAAACGAAGACACAAAAACAAUAUGCACGUAUUAUACAGUGGCGUGGGCAAUAUGUUCGAACGUACGGCCGUUUACGGGAAACACCGCUUUACAGGCAAGGUGCCGUAGCCCGUACUCGUAAGCGCAUAGCAGUGGAGGUCGACGAGCUGUCCACAGGUAUGCUACAGAAGUGGUUUCUAUGGCUCGUCGAGUAGGUUCAAUGACGCCACUAACUACGCGGCCACCGGUUGGACUGCGCUUUCCUACAGUCUGCCACGUUGAAUUGUCGUACCCAGGUAGGGUGAGAUAUACUUACCGACAUUUGGCGGCUNACCGUAGUAAUUCGCAUACCAUAGUGCGUGGCGAUAGACGUAUGUCCGUGCAGCGCUCUCUAUGCGUGACUUUCGAAGAAUUCGCGCUCUCGCAACGAUAAACCAUUGUUUGACGAAACACGAUUCCGAGCGCAGUUCGGUAAUACAAAAUUUAAAGUGCCGUAAUUUUGUAUGCGAUUUUCGUUUAAAUUUGAUUUCAGAACGCUUGUUAAAAUAACAAGGUCGUCGGACGAUUUUGGAAAUUUUACCACGUCUAAGUAAGUCCAAUAUAAGUACUAUUACCAAGUCUCUACGUGUAUUUGUAACCGAAUUACAGAAAAAAAAUACUUCCAAAAAUUAUAAUUCCUUAAAAGCUCAAGAAUGGCUCAAAAGUUUUGGAAAUGAUAUCGUAAGAAAGUAUAUCGAAAUGGCAAUAAAAAAAGGAAUCUUGUGCUUUUUCGAUUAAAUCAUUUUUUCUGGUUGAAAACGUCGUCCGUGUUUUUAUGAAAUAAUUAAAUCGUAAAAUUGUACGUUUUUCUACGUUUUUUUCUCAAUUAAGUGCUUUUAUUUAAAUAAUGGCGUCGAAAAUCACAAAUGACCCUUUUUAAAGUACCAUUUAGACAGUUUGAGUUUUCAGAAAAGUGGCUACACGUAAAAAUCGGAGCAAGUUUGUUUACUAAGAAAAAACGUGUCUACAGACUAGAAAAGGAAAAACAAAUUAACAACUUAGUAAAACCUAUAACUCCCUCGCUACGCUUGGAAUCUAAAAAUUGUUCUAUAGAUAAAACGUAUUUCUUCUAUAUCGGCCAAAUUUUUCACCUACAACAUUAUAGCCAAAUCAUAUGUUCCAGCCUUAUGGGGUUGAGCUAUUAUAUUCCUACUGUAGGUACAUAUUAAAUGUAAACCUUGAUGGUUUUUGUUUAUAGAUUUUAACGCAUCACGGGUAUCAGUGUAAAAUCAAUACCUUUUUUUGAGAUUUAUCGUUUAGUUUAUAUAGUAUCGGAAGAAAAAUUGCUGGUAUUGUCAACUCCUUGUAGAAUCGGUUCUGUAUUUAAAAAGUUAAAAGUGAUGGUUUACUGCAGACGUACGGAGUUAUCGUUCGUUUAUAUAAUGUGACUCAAAGCGUAUAUACCUUUUAGUGUAAUUGAAUAAGGAACGCUGAAAAAGUCAUGUCCGUCUUUAAUAUUAUUAUAUUUGAUUUGAUUUUUUUAAGUCAAAAAAGAGCUGCAAAAUUACAAUAAUAAUAUUAACGGCGGUAAUAUUAGAAAUAUAUUAAUCUACGACAUAUUAAAUUAAAACUAAUAAGAAAACGUAGAUUUUAAUAAACUAUAUUGGUACGUCGUGUCGUUCGGUCUAUAAAAUAAUUCAACACUGAAAAAAUAAAAUUCAAUAUUAGUUCUUAAUGAAUCGUUUUCUUGCAAGAUGGCAACAUUAUACAAAUAUUUGUUCCGCCGUUGGUUGCGUACGAAAUUAAAUCAUAUUACUAGUAUUAAUAAUAUUAUAAUGUUAUUUUCGAUGUAUUAUUUACUUUGUAUUAACAUGUAUAGCAAUUUUAUAAUUUUUUAGCUAAACGAAUGAAUCAAAAUACAUUUGUACGUCUAAUACCGCCUUAUUAUUGAUUUGACUCGAUAUCAUAAUACGAUAAAAAAUAUAUACUUCGUUUAUUAGGUUUUUAAAUAAAUUUUCCUUAAGUUAAUGCGAUUGAAUCAGGGCUUAUUUUUGUGUGUAAUACGAAAUUAUAAAAUGUAUAAUUUUAUAAAGAAAUAUUUCUAAACUAUGUUUUGUUAUAAUAUUUUUUAAUUUUUUAAUAAAUUUAGAAUAAGUAUAUCAAAGAUAUUUGAUCAAAUACAAGGUAUUUUAAAAUUUGUUAUUUAUCAUGAUGUUUUAAAACUUGUUAUCUUAAUGCUUAUUAGAAUUAGUUUACUGACUUUGAAUAAGGAAUUAAACCCAGAAGAACGUUAUUUAAACAAAUUUGUUAAAUUAAUAAUGUAUACAUAAAGUACAAACUAGUUGAUAUUAUGUAAUUUUUUUUUUUAACUUUACUUCUUACAAUAUCAUAAAUUUCUCCUUGAUAAAGUUGAAACCUGAAAAUAUUUAUUUAAAAAAAAAUUAGUGAAAUAACUGUAUUUAAGGGUACUGGAGCAAAUUUUAUUUUGUGACCAUGCAUUUAUGGUCUUAACUAAAAAGUGUGUAAUACGAAUUAUUACAAAAACUAGGCCCUGGAUUGAAUUAAGCAAUAAAUAUAGUAGAAAUUAUAAUAUGUACCCAGUUCUUGAAAUAUAGGAGGGACGAAUAGCGGGACCUGAGUGGGACACAAGGGCGCCUAUCUGUCAAAACCUAAGGGGGUGAUAAUCGUAAAAUAAUAAAGCUUAAAAACUAAAAAUCAACACAAUUGGUUUUAUUAAAUAACGAAACAAACAUAAAUUUCAUAUGUGAAGAAAAACAAUAUUUUAAAACAAAAACUGCAAAUAGCGUUUUUGCGAACUAAAUUUUUCAACUACUUUUUCAACAAACUUGGUGUCGUGAUGAACUUUUUGUAUAUGAACACUGAGCAUACACAGUCCAUCCAAUUUAUAUUCUCCCAUAGUACUUCUUAUCAUUAUCAUAAGAAACAUUAAUUUAUCAUAACCUAAAAAACAAUUGACAAUAUAAUGACAUGUCACUCCCUUGCACCCAUUAAUGGGCAACUCGGUGGAAGAUUUUUAAACAAAUAAAACAAAUAUUUUAGCUCGUCUGUUUUAAUCAUUUUUCGUAUAUGGACACAUUAAAAACGGCAUAGCUGUUUUCAGUUGAGAAACGAUUGAAAGUUUAAAUUCUCGAUUACCUACAUAAAAUAAUGUUUUAACUUACAGUUACAGUAUUAUUAUUUAACUUAUGGGAAUAACCAUCAAAUUGUUUUAUAUAAUAUUUGUAUACGCAUACUUACAUAUACGGCGUUAAAUCAUUAUAAAUCGUGUUGUUUAUUUGGUUUUUUUUUUUUAAAAAAAGAUUAAGUUUUAGAUUCUUUGGACGUCCAUUCGUAUGUACGAGUACACUCAUCCAACGUGCGAUAUAUUUUUAAUAAAAAUGGCCGUAUCGAGAUUUACUAUUGAAUUUUCGCGUCGAAACCUCUUUUCCAUCACGCGGGAUUUAUCGUACCUACACAAAAAAUAUAUAGUAUACCUACCUUCAUAUUAUUACAUUUUGAAUACUUCGAUUAUCCCAUACUCGUUUAUAUACAUGUGGAUAUUAUAAUAAGUAGCUUAUUUUGAGGCUUAGAGUAGAUAAAGAAGUCAAAAUUAGAAAGUGUCUGUGCAUUGGCGGAUCCAGGAGAGAGAGGUACAAUGUGGAUAAUCUCUCCUCACCCCGUUUGUUCCCAAUAUAUUUUCAAAUCUAUAUAAUAUUCUUAGUUUUGUAACCUUUAUGAUUUUCAUCAUAAACGUGUGCCUUAUAAGACCUUCAAAACCGUUCCCUACCCGUUAUCUUGUUCUGGAUCAGCCCCAGGUUUGCGUUGUAUUCGAUAUCAAAGGUCGUGGAUAAUUUGACACGGAGCGACUUAUCGUGUCACAGUUACAAUAUAGGAACAUUACAUAUGCCACUAAUUUUUUUAAUCGAAAUUAAAAAAUGUUACAUUUAACUCGUUUAAGAGUAAGUAAUAAAUAAUUUCCAACAUUGUAAAUAUAUAGAUAUUAUAACUAAAAUAAAUAUAAGUAUAAUUAUAUUAUGCUAUAUCGUGUUGACCGUCACGACUCACGAGGUCUCAUUUUAUCCCUCGUCAAAAGUUUGUUUUGGAGGUUAUGUGCAGUAGCCACAAUAUAAUUCGGUACGGUACCUACAAACCGAUAUUAGAACGAAUAAACAACAAAACGCACUAUAAUUUGUAGGGGAUUAAAAUGUUUUUAUAAAGGCCACAGAAAAUUGUUUUUAAAAAAUGUGUCCAAAAUUAUAAUUUGGCCCUCAAGAAAAUGCUUGAAAUAAUUAUUUCAGUUUCGGUGAUUCCUAUACACAAUACACAUACCCUUUUUGUUAUUUGAUAAUUAUAUUCACGUAAAAAUAAUUCCAUUAAAAAAUAAAUAUCUACACCUAAAGAGUUUGUUUACAAAAAAUUCGCAAAUAAUUUAAAUUUUAACAAAAUAAAUAUAAGUUAAGUUAAAUUUCUUUACUAAGAAAACAAUUAUGUUAUUUUAUAACAUUUUUUGUUUUUUAACUAUACUUACAGCUAAGAUAAAAGUUAUAAAAAAUAAGUAACUUGUAAUUUAAUUUUUAACUUUUUAACAAGUUACUGAUCAGUUUUGAAAGAGUCCGGCAUGCGUGCUUUAAAAUGUCCAAGUCAUUAAUUAAGUAAAAAUAUUUACGACUAAACAAAAAAAAAUGUUGAAAAAAUCCUAAUUAUAAUGUUAUCAUAAUAAUAUGUGAAUACAAUAAAAAACUUAGUAAAUAGUUUAGUGCGCGAGUUAUCGGUUCCUUAAACUGUGUUGCAAUCAGCCAUAAUAAUUGAUCGUGGACAAUCACCCAUUUCCUAUCUAUGCUCGCCACGCCACUACGUAUGUGGCAGUGAUUUUUUCAUUUGCAUAUUAUACCUUGCUUAGAAAUUCUUUGAAAAAAAUCAUUACCAGCCGAGUUUUCUUUCCUUGAAAUUCCAAUAAAUUUUCAAUGGUAUAAAAUUGUUAAUACCCAUACGUGGUUCACAAUAUUGAAUAUUACGUCGUAAUGCCAUAAUCAUAUUUACCUACAAUGUUUACCCAUAUUUACCUUUAUAGUUAUUUAGCCACGACACUUAUUAUGAUAAUCGUUAUCGUUUGGUUUUGAUUUAUUAUCGUAUUUGAAUAUUAUAGGAACGUGAUGUCCCAGGCCCAGAGUCGACAGUGAGCCGGUGCGCGUGCAAAGAAAAGCAACUGGUUUGCGGGUCGAACAACAAGACUUACAGGACGGCGUGUUACUUAAAUGAGGCGGCGGCCACCCUGAAAGGAUCUCUGAAGAUGAAACACCGGGGACCGUGUCAGUCGGGUGAAUAGAGAAAAUACCUUACAAUAUAAAAACUUAUGUGUAUUUUAAUCUUGAUAAAAACCUACUUCGAAUAUACAUUGUGUAUCGAUUAUAUUUAAGGGGUCUUGCGUGUAGGUGUAUUAACGAAUUUCCGGGAGGAGGGGCUAGAAAGAAGAGGGAAAGAAAAUUGUAUUAUCAACUGGAAACAUUUAAAAUAGGUAGUAAUUUGAAUGCGAGUAUAAUUUGCUCACCGAUAAAUAUUACCUAUAUACCUAUAUACCUAUAGUCCGUUAUUAUCACGAGUGAUGUAGCGACAUUUUUUUUUUCGAAAAUAGACAAAUAAAAAGUAUGCAUACCUAUUGGCAGUUUUAGAGUUGUAUAAUCACCUAUUGCAUGAGUAUUAUAUUACAUGUUUCCGUUAUUAAACAAACGGCGACAAUAUUACUCGAGAGUUCAAAAGUAUGAUAUCAAAGAUUUCGAUUUAACCGAGUUCGACUGUAUACAGGUAUUAAAAUUUAAAAUAUUUAGACGCCGUUCGGUAAAAACGUACAGGGGCUUAAAACACGCCUUAUUGUUUAUUAGACCACCGAUACUGGUCUCAUUAUUAUACGUGAGUGUGUACAUCGUUUUAUUUAUUCUCUUUGAGAGGAAUUUUUUUUUCAAAGUACACGAAUAAACAGAUUUAGUUUAAUAUCUCUGUGACUUCAAAUAGCUGUAUAUUAUAUAAUAGAUACUCACAUACAGCAUUUUUUUCUCAUUUCAAUAGAGUUUAAUUUUAAGUACGUCGUAGUAGUGCUUAAGCCUGCGAUACAUCUGAAUAAUAUGUCACGAAUAGUGUUGUUAAAUUUAAAAAAAAAUAAAUCGCUUUUUGACUUUUUCUUACUUUUAUUGGACCUUUAUUUUCCUUUUAAUUAAAUUUAAACCCGUCCAUUUUUUUUCCUUCGAAAUUUGUAUGUACAGCGCACUUAACGUGUGAUAACAUCGCUGCAGGAACGACGAAGUUUACAUUCCCCGUAGCGAAAUUAGAAAUUUAAGUUAAAUAUUAAGAUUUUUCUUUUUAUAAGCACCUAAUAUAUAUUAUUAUUGCAAGUGACUUAUAAUAUUAUAACUAGGUAUUCGUAUUUUUAUAUUAGCGCCAGUCAUCAGUUCGGGUCCCAAAAAGUAUGCCAGCUCCGUCGGACAACCCGUAAUAUUCAAUUGCGAAGUGAAAGGCUAUCCCGUGCCAACUAUAAGCUGGCGAUUCACGGACGUACAUGGAAUUACGAAAUGGUUGCCAGGUAUAUGAGUAUAAUUUUUAGAUUGUAAAUCUGGCGAAAUAAAAGAAACAUUUUGUUGUAAUUAAACACUUUUUAGGACUUGUGAUAAGAAAUAAUAUGAUUCAACCAGUAGAUAGAUACUUAAAAAUGUGCGGAAGUUCCACCUAGUGGUUUUCUUAACAAUGGUAAAAUAACAAGAAAAUAUAUUAUUUUUAGUUUUUAACGACAUUAAUAUUUUCCAUACCGCAAUCAUAGAGCUCAUCUCUUUCGGUGUUUUUAUUAUUCAUUUGGAGCAGUGUUUCCCAACAGGGGGCGCACCCUUCUAGAGGGUGUGUACACAUUACUGGAGAGGUGCAAGCAAUUAUUACGAAGUAUGAUUUAUAUUUUUUAAUUAUUUGUAUUUUACAAUGUGGGAAAAAAAUAAAAAUUUAACAAUGACCAGAGAUUAGGUAUCGAUAAAGAUUACGAGGAAGGCCGUAGAGGCGACGUAGUGGACAUUUUUGAUAAAAUUUGUUUACUUAUCGACACUCUAAUGACCCUUUUAUUUUUUUUUUUUUUUUGCUCAUUAUGUUUGUUGAAAGACAAAGGGGGCGAGAGAUUUUUAAAUGGCCACAAAGGGGGCGUAAAAUAACAGAAGUUAGGAACUACUGAUUUAAAGAAUAUUAUAAGCAGUUUGUGAACCAAGUGAUCAUUCAUAUUUGUGAAUCAAGUAUUAUACUCCAGUGAAUAUUAGGUAUUUAGCCGACACGCGAUACUAAACAACCAGAAUUACACGUAAUAAAUUCAAUUUUUAUUAUAAUCCAUAAGAAUUACAUAGGUAUUUAUUAUAUCUAUUCAAUGAAAUAUUUUAGGAUUUUAUUUGUUUUCGUACAGUUUUACGUAUAAUAAAGAAACGAUCACCGCACGAUAAUCUGUGCAAACCCGUAUACACGUAGUUUUUGUAAAAUGGCCUAUAAAAAUAAGUCAUAAAAUCUAUAGAAAAUACCUUAUCUUAUUAUGUUAGCCGAUUUUUAUUACUAAUAUGUGCCGAAAAUUCAAUCUACGCACUAUAGGCAAUAUACGAGUCUCACUCUCCCUCGGUCUGUGUUUAUGUUUGUAUAUGUAGCCACUCUAUUAACUAAGUAGGUAGUGUACUUUUAUUCGUCCCAUAAUAUUAUCACUUCUUUAACGAUGUCUUAUCAUGGUGGCAAAAUAUUCACUUCUCCUCGGGUGAUGAGAAAUAAAGAAAAAAAACUAUAGACGAGUGACUAGCUACUUUGUUUAUUAUUUAUAAAUUAAAAAGCGUUAUACUUACGUUUUAUAGUUCAAUGGUGACAAUGGUUACAAUGGUACAGUAAAUAUUGCGUCAAAUCAAUUAUCACGACCCUGAAAAUAGGGAGGAGGAAUAUAAUAUGUAUAAUAAGUAAACUAUCUCCGCUUUCCCUCCUUAAUCUACGCGUGACAUUAAAAAACACGACAUAUUUUGAUUUCAAUUUAUUAAAUAAUUAAACCUAUAUAUAGGUACCACCUACCCCUUUUAUUUAUUUUCCUGUACCUACCUAUAUUAUACCCAUAUUAUCCCUAAUCGAUCGAUAACGUUACGCAACAUUAUAAUAUAAAUAUAUCGGUGAUUAUGUCGAGUGUGACAAUCGCCGUAUAUUUUCAUGUUAUAAGCAUUAUUGCUGUUAAACAAUAAAAUCAUAAAAACUGUACCUUUAUAAUAUGGAAAUCUGUAUUAUUAUGCCGUUCAUUGAACGAUGUACAAAAGGAGAUUAAAAAGUCGAUAAAAAUUAGUUUAUAUAGUAUAGAUAUAGGUAAGUCGACGAUAUAAAAUUAUGGCUUCUCUGAAUUUUAAUACUGAAACCCGUCCAUGCGCGAACGCUGUGCGCUUGUGAUGUUCAUCGGUUACGUCUUAUAAUAUACGAAUAUUAGAAAAUGUUCGAAACCGUUUUUUUUUCCCGUAGGGAAGGGUGAGGGGUGGCUGUGAAAGUUGUAUAAUGUUAUUUCGUUGAAUUAUUAUUUGUUAUCGAUAUGUGUGCAAUAUAAUGUUAUAGAGUAUUAAACCUUCGCCCAACACUUAUGCCCUAAAUAUAGAUAAGAGUUUAAUUUAGAUGAUCGGGCCAUCGAGGUGCGCGAAAUUGGACUGGGUCUUUUUACCUCUUGCCAAGCACGUAUUCAGAAUAAAUUUUCCGGGGGGGGGAGGGAUGGGUUUAAAAUAUGUUUAAUACAUGAACUAUUGUAGUUAGUCUCUGUUAUAUCAUAAAUAUAUAACCUACUAACCUAUUCAGUAGAUAGCAUUAUAAUACAAACAAAAAAAAUCAAAACUGAACGAAAUAUAAUCAAAUUGUAAUUAGUAAAAUAUAUAAAUAUGACCACUUGUAAUUAAUAUUAUUAUUUAAAAUAAUUAUAGGUGCUCUAAAACGGGGGGGGCUCGAUAAAAAUGAGAUGAUUCGAACCCAUAAAAUCGGGGAGUUUCGCGGGAUUCGUUAUUUGACCAUUAAUAAUUGUAUUCCGUAGUUUUAAUUUAUGGUGUCUAAGGAAAUUGCCCAACAGGUUACCUAUACCUACAUCAAUAGUUAAAAAAAAAAUCUUAUUUUAUUUUAUAAUAGAUAAGCUUAAAAACGGAUUGUAGCAGGAAUUCGGAUUAUUCGUUAAAAGGAAAGCUUGAGUUUUGAACGCCCUCCAAUAAAAAUUCACAUAGCUAAUAAUAUAAUAACGAUGGCAUUCACUGUGACGUCACACGAAAAUGUCCGUCGUAAAUAUUAUUAUAUGGAUUACUAAGGAAUCCUACAUAAUAAUACAAAUACAUACAGAUUACAGGUAGGUUAAUGUUUUUUUUUCUUUCCUUUUAUAGGAGACGAUACGCUCAUUUCGAUACAGAUCAGAGGAGGUCCGGAACAGCUUAUGGUGACUUCGUGGGUGCAAAUCACGGAAUUUAAACUGGCUCACACAGGAAAUUACACGUGUCUGGGUGUUAACGAGGUGGACACGACCAUGGCUUCGGCGGUGUUGAACGCGAAAAAAACGAAUUAAACAGCACGUUUUUAAACGACGUUAUAACGUACAAUUUAUGCCCUCCCCUAUACCUAUAUAUUUUUGUCGCAAUGUAAUUAUUUUUUUAUUCGUGUAUUAUUAUAUUUAUGACAUUAUUUUUUGAUUUUUAUAUCAUUAUCUGAAAUUAUACUUUUUAAUUUACGCCAUUGUAUCUAUGUAACAAAGUAUAAAUAACUAUACCUUUCUAAAUAAAUCUUUUAAUUUCUCGCUUUUGUUGUAUAUAAGUACCUAGAGUACCUCAAACAAUAUUGUUCAAAUAAUAAAUAUGUUGAAUUGGAAAACGAACGAAAACUGACACUGAAUAGAAUUUUAUACUUUUAUCAAAUAUUACUUGGAAUAUUCUUGUAUGUAAAACUAUG